UCAGGGACUUGUGAAUGACAGCCAAUCGGAGGCUCAGUCCCCUUUCCUUCAGCCUCCCCGACAUACACACAGAGAAGUGAUGCUGCCUGCGUGAAAAAGCUAAACGCAGUUGAGGAACAGCCUUGAAGCUCUUUUGGAACUGCUGCAGUGAACGAAAGGAUACACUUCGCCCUCAUCUCACCAACUGCCCCUUCGCUUUCGUGGGAUUUCUCUAACUGAAUAAGAACUCCUGUGGCAGAUACUGGCUGGACCUGGGCCCCAAUGGCAGACUGACACCCCGUGCUGCUACUGCAGACCCACACCCAGACCAGGAGGAGUGACCCAAUGACUAAACUUCUGACUAAAGUCCACUGACCACUUCACACUAACACACAGAGGGAAGAGAACAUCUAGCUGAGCCAAGCUGUAUUUGGAGCUUUGUAACUACUGGCCUGACCAUGUUGAGAGGAAGAACUGUCCUUCUCCUGCUGGUCCUCUGGGCGUACCUGUGUUCCCAUGGGGACGGACUGCGAGCCCUGAGGAGGACUACAGGGGGGAGGCGGGGGGGCGCAGGGGUGGGGUUGACGCUGAUGGGACAGGACACCAAUGGAGUGCCUCUGAGACGCUCCAAACGAGGAUGGAUGUGGAACCAGUUCUUCCUGCUGGAGGAGUACACAGGGUUAGAUCACCAGUAUGUUGGCAAGCUCCACUCAGACGGGGACCGGGGUGACGGUAGCAUACGGUACGUCCUGACCGGCGACGGAGCCGGUAGUCUGUUCAUCAUCGAUGAGAACUCUGGGGAUAUCCAUGCCACUAAGAGAUUGGACCGGGAGGAGAAGGCCUACUACGCGCUCCGGGCCAAGGCCGUCAACAGAAUCACUAACACCUCUCUAGAGGGAGAGUCAGAGUUUAUCAUCAAGAUCCAUGACAUCAACGACAAUGAGCCCAAGUUUACCAAGGACCCCUACUUCACAGAGGUACCUGAGAUGUCCCCAUUGGGCACGGUGGUGAUGCAGGUGACCGCUACAGACGCUGACGAUGCUACGUAUGGUAACAGUGCCAGGGUGGUCUACAGCAUCCUGCAAGGACAGCCAUACUUCUCUGUGGAGCUCAACACAGGUGUGAUCAAGACAGCCCUGCCUAACAUGGACAGGGAGACCAAGGAGAACUAUGUGGUUGUGAUCCUGGCUAAAGACAUGGCUGGACAGAUGGGUGGGUUAUCAGGGACCACCACAGUCAGCAUUACCCUCUCUGAUGUCAAUGACAACCCACCACGCUUCCCCAAGAGUCUGUAUGAGUUCAAAGCUCCCGAGUCGACAGAGCCGGGCUCGACUGUGGCCGUGCUGCGAGCUACGGACGCUGACAUCGGCAGGAACGCUGAGAUGAACUACCGAAUCACCAGCAGCGAUGGCCCCGCCAUGUUCGACAUCUCAACCAAUAGGAGCACACAGGAUGGUGUCAUCACCCUCAGGAAGUCUCUGGACUUUGAGAGGAAGCGGUCCUACACUCUAAGGAUCCAGGUUGAGAACUCCAACCCUGACCCUCGGUUCCUGCGCUAUGCGGCGACCACGGACGGGGCGACGGUCAAACUGAUCGUGGAGGAUGUGGAUGAGCCGCCCGUGUUCGACCGGGUCAGCUACAUCAUGGAGGUCAAAGAGGACGUGGCAGUAGGCACCAUCAUCGGAUCAGUCAGCGCCACAGAUCCAGACAGCAGCCGCAGUCCAGUCAGGUACUCUAUUGACCGGCGUACAGACAUGGACAGGGUGUUCAACGUGCACCCGGGCAACGGCUCAGUGUUCAUGCUGAGGACUCUGGACAGAGAGGACAACGCCUGGCACAACAUCUCUGUCAUCGCCACUGAAUUCAACAACCCACGGCUGAUGAGCCGUGUACCAGUAUAUGUUAGAGUACUGGACGUUAAUGACAACGCUCCUACGUUCGCCACUUACUACGAGACAUUCGUCUGUGAAAAUGCCAAGGCUAACCAGAGGAUUCAGACAGUGAGUGCUACAGACGCUGACAAGCCUAUUGGUGGACACAGGUUCUUCUUCAGUCUAGCACAUGAGGCUUCUGUGAAAGCCAACUUUACCGUCAGAGACAAUAAAGACAACACGGCAGGUAUCCUGACCAGACGGAACAGCUAUAGCCGGCUACAGAGGAGUACCUACCUGGUUCCCGUGGUGAUCUCGGACGGCGACUUCCCCAUGCAGAGCAGCACCAACACCCUGACGGUGCGCGUUUGUACAUGCGACCGCGAGGGGAACAUGCAGCUGUGUAACCAGGAAGCUCUGGUCCUCACCACAGGGCUCAGCACUGGAGCCCUCAUGGCCAUCAUUGUCUGUGUCCUCAUACUGCUCAUGAUCGUGGUGCUGUUCGCUGCCCUGAGGAGGCAGCAGAGGAAGAAGGAGCCUCUGAUCAUCUCCAAAGAGGAUGUGAGAGACAACGUCGUCAGCUACAACGAUGAAGGGGGCGGAGAGGAGGACACCCAGGCCUUUGAUAUCGGCACGCUGCGUAACCCAGAGGCCACAGAGGAGAGCAAACCGCGCAGGGACAUUAAGCCCGAGACCCUGCACCCUCCCGUCCGUCGGACUGUGAUCCUUCCCCCGGCCCACAGGGACAACGCGGACGUCAGGAACUUCAUAAACCAAAGGCUUCAGGAUAACGACCAGGACCCCACCGCGCCGCCCUACGACUCCCUGGCCACCUACGCCUACGAGGGGAGCGGCUCGGUUGCUGAGUCCCUCAGCUCCCUGGGCUCCAUGACCACAGAAGUAGACCAGGACUAUAACUACCUGAGCGAGUGGGGACCCAGGUUUAAGAAACUAGCUGACAUGUAUGGGGGAGAGGACAGUGAUGGCUGCAGGGAUUCCUAAUGAGAGAGAGGGAGCUCGUAAGAGGGGAGCUAAAGGAAAACGUACAACAAACAAACAAACACUCGCACACUAGCUAAAGUGAACUUAACUCCUGGUACUUUGUGAAAGUGGCAAACAAUAGAACAAAACAAAGAGGACACAAACAGACACGAGGCAGUAUUUGUCAAAGUGCUAUUUUACCGUCGUUGAUCACCGUUGAUGUUUGACCUCUUUGGAGGACUAGGAGUAAGAAGCUAGGUGCAUCCUGUCAGUAUUAGUGGACUUUAUCUUUCUCUGCAAGGCAGCAGGGGACUCCUGAGAAAAAUACUUGGUGUAAAGUACACCAGGCCCACAUACACAGUAUCUCUAUAUACAAACAAACUUCUUCUCUUUUCUUUUUCAAAAGCUGCCUGCGAUGGAAUAACAGCAAGCAGUUUUGUGCUGAACUUGAUAGACAGACAACGCCUAUUAAUUUUUCAGUGUUUCUGGGACAAAAAAGCUGCAUUUUGUGAGUUAUAUCGUAGCUUGUGUGUGUAUCUGUAAAUCGAUACAAUACAGUGUACAGUUAUGUUUUAUCAGGUUUUAGCAUCCCAUCCACCCCCUUAUAGCACUGACUGUGUAUGUCACAAUGUACUUUUGAGGUCAGACAAAGCCAUAAUGAGAGGCUGAGGGGUUGGACCAUAGAAAAUGGAAUGCAAUGGGUACACUCAAACCAGUACACCCACUAUGGCAUCAUUGACUUGAAUGGGGACAACCGCUCUACUCAUUCUAUUUCUAUGGGUUGGACGUCACAAAACGCACCUUUCUGACUGUCAAUACCUCCUUAUAGCUUUGCAUAAUCUACGUCCCAAAUGGCACACUAUUUCAUAGUGCACUACAUUUGUACCAGGGUACAUAUGGCUCUUGUCAAAAGUAGUGCACUAUAUUGGGAAUAGGGUGCCAUUUGGGACAAACACAUACAAAAGACUGAGCUGUAUUGUAUGCUAAUUAUUUUUGAUAAUACUAAUACAAUUGCUCAGAGAAAGAUAAAACAAUUUCUCAAAAAGAUAGGGUUCAAAAUUAAUAUAAUUGUCACCAUUUUUAUCAUACAAUAUAGCUCAGUAUUCUUUGCUCAUUUUGAUCAAAUAAAGGUUAAAUUAAUUUUAAAAAUCAAGGAUGUCAAUAAUUUUGGUCAUGACUGUAUUUUCUGUGGGGGGAGCUGAAACACCUGGACCAAAAAGCUCCUCAGAGCCCUGACUGUAUCUGAAGAACUAAUGUCGAUAACGCUUUACCUUUAAGGUGCCCUCUUUAUAAAGUGUUACUCUGUCUGUCAUAACAUCCUUGUUGACCGGCUGGAGAGGUGGGUGGGAAUCUCCGGCGUUGCCCUCGACUGGUUCAGGUCAUAUUUAUGUGGCAGACGUUUCUCAGUGAGCAUGGGUGGUUCCGUAUCGUCCCCAGCAUCUAUACACUAUGGGGUCCCUUAAGGGUCAAAUCUGGGCCACAUCCUUUUUUACCUGUACAUGCUUCCCCUUGGUGACAUCAUCCGCAAUCAUAACAUUCAGUUUCACUGCUAUGCGGAUGACACAUAGCUUUAUUUUCCAAUCAGACCCAGUGAUCAAGCAAGCGUAGCUACCUUUCACAAGUGUCUUGCCGACAUCAAAAGUUGGAUGUCUGAACAUAUUCUCCAGCUCAAUGACACAGAAUCAGAGGUUGUUUAAUUUGGCCCCCACCUUGGUAGAACCCAGAUUGUAAAUAACCUUGGUCAUUUGUCCACCAAUGUAAAGCCUACGGCCAGUAACCUUGAUGUCUUCUUUGACCUUGACCUGCAUGUAAAGAAGGUAGUCCAGUCCUGCUUUUAUCAUCUAAGAAAUAUAGCUAAAGUCAAGUCUUAUUUCAGUCACUGAUCUGGAGAAAGUUAUUCAUGCUUUUAUUUCCUCAUGCCUAGAUUACUUUAACUCUUUGAAUGCAUGUCUCAGUCAGAAAUCACUCCAUUGUCUACAGUUAGUUCAAAGUUCUGCAGCUCGGCUUUUAACAGGCACCAGAAAAUGUAACCAUAUCACACCUAUUUUAGCUUUUCUACACUGGCUACCAGUCACUUCUAGAAUAUAUUUUAAAAUGGUAUUAAUCACAUUUAAGGCUUGGUUUAGCCACAUCCUAUAUCUCAGAUCUUUUAUCUCCCUACGAGCAAGAACACAGCCUGAGAUCUUCUGGCAGGGAAUUGCUGACUAUUCCAAAGUCUAGGUUGAAAACGAAAGGAGACCAGGCUUUGGAAUAGUCUGCCAGAGGAUAUCAGGCUUGCCGAUUCAGUGCCUCUUUUUAAAUCCCUGCUGAAGACACACUUUUAUAAAGAUACUUUUAAUGUAUGAUUUCAAUGUAUGAGUUUCAUUAGCUACAGUUGAAGUCGGAAGUUUACAUACACCUUAGCCAAAUACAUUUAAACUCAGUUUUUCACAAUUCCUG